UCUCAAAGGGGCCGUUGUUUUAACAGCAAAAAUAACUGCUUAAUCUAAAAGUUGAAAAGUAUCAGUGCUUUGUAAAAUCCUUGAUUUUAAGUGGAAGCAAUUAGACAAAAAUAAGUGGCUCUCUGCGUUAUCAUAAAAUCACGGUAGAAGGACAAGGGCCAAGGAUAAGAGGAAGAAUACUGUUACGUAAAUAUUUAAACAGAUUUAGUAAUCGUUAUCUCUACGAUCGUUAUCGAAAUAAUCAUUGGUAUUGCAAGAUCGUUGUAUAUAUAAAACGGCGCAAUUAAAAUCACUUGUCAGUCAGCCGAUUAUUGGUGUGAAUUCGAGCGACAUCCUUGUAAUAACAAUAAGUAAUCAUGAGGAUCACCAUUGCAUUGUCCUUUUUGGCUGUACUUUGUACUGUCGAAGCUGUUCCAGUUGCGUCGACCGAUUUGGAAAUUCUGAGACUUCGAGUGAGGGAUUUGAAAUGGAGAGUAGAUACUGUUAAGCAAAGAAUUCGAACGCUUCGUGACCAUACCAACGACGAUACUCUCGAUGAAGUCUCGUUAAAAUGGAAUGAAGAAGAAGACAGUUUUAGGGAAUAUGCAGACUUAUUACUUUCUGGAAUACGUAAAGACACAGACGCUGUUAAAGCGGAGGGUAAAGACGCGGAUUCAUGCUACAAAGAUGCCAUCAAGGGUAUCGAAGACGUCGAACAAGAAGCAUAUAAACAAGCUACCAAAUGCGACGAAGCCGCUAAAAAUUCCAUUCAAAGCAAUCUUGGUUUUAUCGAUAAUCUCCUCUCGACUGCAGAUACGCUGUCGACAGACUUGGACAAUACUUUCCUAACUUGUCACGACAAAGAUAUUUACAGGAUGCAAACCUGCAUCAUUCACGAACUAGGAAUAACGGAAAACUCUCUAAAGAUUUUGGAGAACGACUGCAUCACCGCGGAGACCACCAUCAUGCCCGUGUCCAGGAAUGUCGUAAAGAAGGCCAGCAACUGCUUCAAACAGGCCUUUUCCUCCUCGUAUACGUCGGGAACCGGGAUUAAAAUGAAAGCCGACGAGUGCAUCCAGCAAAAGAAAUAAUUUGCAGACAUUUUCUAACUUCAAAACCACUGCGCACUUAUUACCGAUUGUUCUUCACUGAAAUAAACAAUUCCUAAAAAAAUCGAAAUGCCUCAUGAUUGUCAUUAAAAAAAAAUUAUAUUGUGUGUGUAUAUAUAUAUGAUAUUACGUUAUGAUAUUACGCGAUACUGUGUCAUGACCGUAUGAAAUAUUUUAAAAUUAACGCAGUUCGUAGUACGUGCCCGGAAAUUAAGAUUCCAUGAUAUUUUUCACAUGUAAUAUGAAACAAAAAUAAAAAUAUUCGCAAAC